AUGCCCCCCAAAGCAGACAAAAAGGAUAAGGUCGUCACCGUCAAGGGCAACGAAGCCGAGGAGAAGAUCCUUGACUACAUGCGCGGUGUGAGUCACCCAGCGAGGAGCGCUGCUGACCUCAGGCGAACCGCCCUUACUCGAGCAUGUUACCUUGCUUGUGCUCAACCGACAGAGAAAGGCUCCCUCACGGUCAAGACGUACGGCAAGCAGACCAUCUUCGUCUUCAGCCAGUCGCAGUUGACUGCCCUCAACCCCGAGGACAUGGCCACCCUCGAUGCCGACACGAAAAAGGCCAAAGGAGUAGCCGAUAAACGCCGCAAGGAACUUCGUGACCUGCAAGCCAAAAUCGGCGAGCAAGAGGCUCUCCCAGUCACCACCGACCUGGUCAAGACCAUUGAAAGCGUCACGGCUGAAAAUGACCUCACCAUCAAGACACUUGGGCCCCUCCGCGGCGAGACCGCCGUGGCGCCCAUGACCGCCGACGAGAUGAUGGCAAUUGACGUCGAGUGGGACAAGUGGAAGAAGAUGUGGGUCGACCGCAAGAAGGUGUACAAGAACCUGAUCGACAUACUGGCCGAGUCUCCCGCAUACAGCAACAAAGAAGACUUGGAAGAUACAGUUGGCGUGGACGACGACGACGACGAGACAGUUGAAAUUGAACGCGGCGAAUUCUUCAGGCCACCCACGAACACUGUGCGCGUUGGACUCGCUAAGCGUCCCCUUCCCUCAGCCAUGUCAGCCUCGGCACCCGGCGUGGCGCAGAGCUUGUCAAGCGCAAAGGCUUCCAGCACACCCACGUCGACCACCAAGACUAAGCGUCCUCGUGUCUAA